AUGCCGGCUGUUGUGGAGACCUCUUCUGGUGGUCCUCUUGAUGGGAUCGUUCAGCAGCAGCUCGUCUCUUUGGAUGACACGGACGCCUAUGCGUCCGUUUGGUCCGAUCUGUUGACCAAUGCCGGUACGACCAAGCCCACGGAGGCUUUUCUGUGGGGAGGUCGAGGCCAAGGAGGACGUGGAUUGGCUCGACGUACUUAUCAACCGCGAGAUAUAGUGGUGGACGAUGUGAGACUCGAGUUUGUUGGCAUUCAAGACAGCCAAACCAAACAAACGCAGUUACCCAGCAAACUCUUGUUGGAGGGUGCUACGUUGAAGCUUUUGCCUGGGCAAGUGUACGCUCUCGUGGGACGGAAUGGUGUUGGCAAGUCAACCCUCCUCAGAAGGAUACAAGCGGGAAAGAUUCCAGGUUUUCCAACACAUGUAGCAACCCUGUACAUUCCACAAGAAUUACCCAUGCCGUCCGACGAAGAGUGUUCUGCUUUGCAAUUGGUUCAGGACCAAUUUGCACUCUUCUCCAAGGCUACUUGCACCAGUCUGCAGCAUCAAAUGGAAUUAUUGGAAAAGGAACUGGAUGAACUGCAAGAUGAUGAACAGAAAAUGGAGGAGUUGUGCGAAGAGAUAUCAGAGAUCCAGGAUGCCAUGGACCAAGCCAACCAGUAUGGUGAAGAUGCACACACGACGACAAGUUUGGUGCAACUGGCUAAAGAAUCGUUGGCAUUCUUUGACAUUGACGAGGAGCUCAGCGCUCAUAUUCCAUACAAUAGACUUUCUCCGGGCAGGAGGAAAAAAGUUGCUUUGGCUGUGGCUGUGCUGUGUGCCUCUGCUGUCUCUCCCAGCCAACAAUUCCUCCUGUGCCUGGAUGAGCCAACGAAUCACCUCGAUGUGGCCGGCCUGAUCAAGCUUCGGCAAUUUCUCCUCUCUGGGCAAGACGAAAAGAAUCGUACCGUUUUGCUGGUCUCUCAUGACACAGAUCUCCUCAAUGACGUUGCCACCAAUACCAUUAUAUUUUCUCACCGUCAGAAAACUCUUGCCUACUAUACCGGAAACUACCGGGAUUAUCUCAAACAGUCCUCAAUGCAAGAAUUACAUUUGCUCCGUCAACAAGUUUCACUCGACAAGAAGCGCAAUCACUUGAUACAGAACAUUCAGCAUAUCAAGGACCAACCAGCACCCAGGCGAGGAGGCAACCGAAAGAAGGCCAAAAUGAUCUCCGCACAACGAAAAAAGCUGGACCGCCAAGGUGUGGAAAAGAAUGAAAAGGGGCAUCGACGGACACAGCAACAAGCGGGUACAGGGAUCAAAGCCGGUUCCAUAAAUGGUAUUGACGCCUCUACGCGCAAGGAUCUGUCGACCUCUGAGCUAUUGCAAUUGGCAGAAGCCUCGGUGCGGCCACCGCCUGAUAAAGCAGUCCAGUUUGUCUUCAGAGACACUGGUUGUGCAUGGGACGAACCGUUAAUCAUGGCAAUGGACGUUGGCCAUGGGUACGGGGCAGUUCAACCAGACGACAAUACUCCGCCAGCCCCCAACAAAGAUGAAUUUGUCAUCACGAAGAAACCUGGAUAUCUAUUUGAUUGUGUUGAUCUAUGCAUCAACGAAGGCCGCAAAUACUGCUUGCUGGGAGCAAAUGCAUCCGGAAAGAGUGUCUUACUGAAAAUCUUGGCCAAGCAAGAGGAUCCAUUAGAAGGUACCGUUCAUCACGCCCACAAUGUCCAGAUCGGGUAUUUUGGUCAGGAGACAAUGGAUCAGCUCAUAAAAGAUGCCACCACUGUUCCCGGCACUGCGUUGGAAUACCUUUCCAAACGUUUCCAAAGAAAAGCGAGCAAGAUCUCAGAGGAUUUCUUACUGACUUUGGCUUGA